AUGAUAAGUAUGGACUGCGCCCCACAAAUAGCCGAGGCAAUUGAGCGAGGUAUUCCAAACUGUAAUAUUCUUUGGUGUGGCGUGCAUGUCCUUCGCGCCAUAUUAAGAAAAGCGGAUAAGUUUAAAUCACGAGACAAUUUUGAAGAAUUUUAUAAUCUAAUGAAAUUAUUAGUAUUCGAUACUAAAGAAGAAUCUCCCGAGGAAGAACAGAACCAAGAAGAAGAAAAUCCUAGAGAGGAACCGGCUCGAUCUCACUUACUUCAAGCAGAAGAAAUUGAAGAAGAGGAACAAUAUGAAGAAGAAUUCAUCGAAAAUGAAUUUCAACCUUCUCAAAUCUUUUUACCACGAGAAUCUUCUGAUGAUCCAAACGAUUCUGA